AAAUAUUCUGGCGCAUUUUAAGAUGAGUACAUCACAAUGCUCUAACAUGCGCAACUUUCCUCUUUCGGUUGCAUAAAUGAUAAAACGGGAAGAGAACACGCACACACGUAUCUCUCUCUCUCUCUCUCUCUCUCUCUCUCUCUCUCUCUCUCUCUCUCUCUUGCUGGGGCUUUCGGAGGUCAAAGACUUCGCAUCCCAUUGACGUUUACAGGCCCGUGGGGAAACCAUUUCUAGGGUUUUAAUCGAUUAUAACAACAAAUGAUCUGUGCCCGUUUAGUAUUUUUUGUGGUGUCUGCUGAAUGAUUCUGUUAUGCUUGUGAUUGUUAUUGAUAGUAAUGAGGGACGAGGAAAUACCAAAUUGGCUCAAGGAAUUGCCAUUGGCACCCGUAUUUUACCCAACGGAUACGGAAUUUGCAGACCCAAUUGCUUAUAUCUCCAAGAUUGAGAAAGAAGCUAGUGCAUAUGGUAUAUGCAAAGUAAUUCCACCAUUGCCAAAACCUUCAAAAAAGUAUGUUGUAGGUAACCUAAAUAAGUCUCUUCUCAAAUGUACAGAAUUGGGGAACGAUGUGAAAUUGAAUAAUGUGGAAACUAUAAAUGAUGGGGAGGUUCGUGCAGUCUUUACAACAAGGCAUCAAGAACUAGGUCAUAGCAGUGUGAAAAGAACAAAAGAGGUUGGGGAAGGGACAUGUCAGCCUCCUCCUGUGAAUAAGCAAGUAUGGCAAAGUGGGGAAAUUUACACAUUGGAACAGUUUGAAUCCAAGUCUAAGAAUUUUGCUCGAAGCCAUUUGAGUAUGAUUAAAGAAGUUUCUCCAUUGGCUAUAGAGUCACUUUUCUGGAAGGCAGCUUGUGAGAAGCCUAUAUAUAUUGAGUAUGCUAAUGAUGUGCCUGGAUCAGGAUUUGGUGAACCAGUGGGACCAUCUAGAUUAGUACAUAGGCAUAGGAGAAGGAGAAAGACAUUUGAUAGAAACAAUAAAGAUUGUUCUGAUGUAAGAUCACAAGUAGAAGAUAAAAGCAACAACUGUGAAAACCAGAAAGGUGAAGAAUCUAUAAUAAGGUGUAGUAGCUCUAGUUCUUCAGUAGAUAUGUUAAAGAAGGAAUCCAAUUCCAGUUCACUGAAUAUGUUGUCAGAUCGUGUUGCCAGACAAAGAGUUUCAGAUGAGAUUGAAGGGACUUCAGGAUGGAAGCUUUCCAAUUGUCCUUGGAAUUUACAAGUAAUUGCAAGAUCUCCUGGAUCUCUUACACGUUUCAUGCCAGAUGAUAUUCCAGGUGUCACUUCUCCCAUGGUAUACAUUGGCAUGUUAUUCAGUUGGUUUGCAUGGCAUGUUGAAGAUCAUGAACUUCACAGCUUAAAUUUCCUUCACAUUGGCUCUCCCAAAACCUGGUAUGCAGUCCCUGGGGAUUAUGCAUUCACAUUUGAGGAAGUAAUCCGUUCAAAGGCUUAUGGUGGAGGUGUAGAUCGGUUAGCUUCUCUAACACUCUUGGGCGAAAAGACUACCCUUCUAUCACCUGAAACUGUUGUUGCAUCUGGCAUUCCAUGUUGCAGGUUAGUACAGAACCCUGGUGAAUUUGUAGUGACCUUUCCAAGGGCUUAUCACAUAGGAUUCAGCCAUGGUUUCAAUUGUGGGGAGGCUGCUAAUUUUGGAACCCCAAAGUGGCUUUCAGUAGCUAAAGAGGCUGCAGUGCGCAGAGCUGCCAUGAAUUUUCUUCCUAUGCUUUCACAUCAACAGUUGCUUUACCUACUUACCAUGUCAUUUAUUCCAAGGGUGCCUAGGUCCUUGUUACCAGGGAUACGAAGCUCUCGUUUAAAAGAUCGUCAGAAAGAAGAACGUGAGCUGUUGGUGAAGAAGGAAUUCAUUGAAGAUAUUCUCAAAGAAAACAAACUGUUGACUUGUAUUCUUAAUAGAUCUUCCUCUUAUCAUGCAGUCCUAUGGGAUCUUGAAUCCCUCUCACCAUCUGUCAUUAAUAAUAGUACAAUCAUCAAUCCACAAACUGAAAACUUUCAUGUUGAAAAAGACAAUGAAAAACUUGUUCAUGUAGAGGAUGAGGACAUGUCGAGUGAUUUUCAAAUUGAUUCAGGGACAUUACCCUGUGUGGCUUGUGGUGUUCUUGGUUAUCCUUUCAUGUCUGUUAUACAACCAUCACCAAAAGUGUUGUUUGAUAACAUGCCAAUCAAGGAUGAUCAUCCAAAUAUUACAUCUUCAGAAACCCAAGUGGUUGAUGCCAAGGAUGAGUCUGUUGAAGCUUCAACAUGUUCAUCUAAAGUGAAUGUUGACAAUGGAUGGAACAUGUGUAAUGGGUAUUUAAGACCUAGAAUAUUCUGUUUAGAGCAUGCAAGCAAAGUUGAAGAGUUGUUGGACUCCAUAGGUGGAGCAAAACUGCUUAUAAUAUGCCAUUCAGAUUUUCUGAAAAUUAAGGCACAAGUUUCAGCCAUAGCAGAGGAGAUUGGUAGCAUGUUUAGAUAUGAAGAUGUUGAAUUACAUGAUGCUAGCAGGGAUGAUUUGGAGGUGAUAAAUCUUGCAAUUGACAAUGAGCAAGAAGAUGAAUCUUUAGAAGACUGGACACUGAAAUUGAAUGUUAAUCUUCGACAAUCUGUUAAAGUCAGCUGCCUUAAAUCAUCACCUGACAAGAUGAUACAUAUAAUACAUAGUGCUUUGACUAUGGAUGCUCUGUUUGCUGACACAAGCCCCACCUCACAAGCAAUGAUUCAGUGGCAAGCUACAAAGUCUCGGUCAAACAGAAAGUCAAACCGUUCGAUCAUGAAAUCAUCAGAGAUUGUUUCUGUCACAGAAGAUGUGAAAUCGAAAGAGAAGUCAUCUGAAGCUCAAAUGCGUAAAAAAGAAGGGAAGUUUAUUCAGUAUUCAAGAAGAAGCUUCAAGUCAAAGCCACAAGAUUCUGUAACCAAAAAUCAUGAGAAAAACACAGACAAGGUUAUUUUGGAUGAUUCCAUUAUUCCAUCACAAAAGAAGAAACAAGGUUAUGAAGAAAAAUGUGGUGUUGAAAACUCGUCAGGUUCAGUGUCAUGUGCCACAACUAUUGAAAAAGAUGAGGAAAUGAGUAUGCAAAAUGAGCAAGGUUCUGGAAAAGAGUGCAGCAGAGAGGAGGUUGCUAAUGAAGAUGGUUUGAUGGAAACGGAUCUGAGUAUUAGUAUUGGGUCAAAGAAAAGUGACGAAAAUACCCCUACUGUAUCAAGUUGUUUCACUUCAACAAGUGGAAGCAAAAGAAGGAAGAGAGAUUUUGAUGGAUUUAUAAGAAGCCCAUGUGAAGGAUUAAGACCGAGAGGUGGAAAAGACACAAAUGCAGAAAAACCUUUAAAUCAGAAAGAAAAAGCUUCCACCAACGUGAAAGAAAAAUCCACAAACAAGUCAAAGUCUUGUUCGAAAGUGGAAAUCACGGAAAAAGAGGAGCAAGGAUCCCAUAGAUGUGAUCAUGAAGGUUGCAAAUUGAGGUUCGGGAGUAAAAGAGAGGUAGGGUUGCAUCGAAAGAACAGGUGUCCUCAUGAUGGAUGUGGGAAGAAGUUCAGUUCGCAUAGAUACGCGGUGCUCCAUUUACGUGUCCAUGAAGAUAGCAGGCCUCUUAAGUGCAGUUGGAAAGGUUGCAAGAUGACAUUCAAAUGGGCCUGGGCCAGGACUGAGCAUUUACGGGUCCACACUGGUGAGAGGCCCUACAAGUGUACGGUUGAAGGCUGUGACCGUACUUUCAGGUUUGUAUCUGAUUAUAGCCGCCACAGAAGGAAAACCGGCCAUAAUGUGCAUGUAAAGUCAAACUCUUGAAAUUUUUUAAAUUGUUUGUUUUUUUGUUUUUUUAACUUUUAUACACUUCACUUCACUUCACUUGGGUUAGUAAGUUUUAUAAACCGAAAAGAAUCAUUUCGUUGUUUUGGAACUAUGCUUGGUUGGUGGGUUUAAUGGAAACCAAAAAUUCUGUGCAA